AUGGCCGGAAGUGGGGAGGCUGCCCGUAGAACACUCGAGAGCAACAUGGCUGCGUACGUGAGGAUGUGGAGUAGAUACAGGCAGGCAUAUAAAAACGGGACUGUCUUCUGUAGCAAGUACACUAAAAAGUUUGGUGCUGAGAUUAAUGGAUUUGAUCAGGGAGAGUCUCUCUGCCGAAGCGGAUUCACUGCAAACCGAUCACAUUCUUAUAUUUCGUGUAAAAAGUCACCGUUAUGUAGUGGCACCUUCGGCACUAUUACAUCAGUGACAGGACCUGCGCGCGUGACAGAUCUGAGAAAAUGGGCCAGAAUCGCCGGUGUUUUCCCACCUGGCAGGGGAAGUGUAGGACCUGGCUUGUUUAUGAACCACGACCAGAGGAGAUACCUGUUCGGCAACAGGGGCAGCGGCCUCCCGGGAGAGGAUGGAGCUGAAAGCAGUAGUCCUAAUGACGAUGACCCCGGUGGAGAUGGAGCUGAGUCCGGGUCUGCUCCCCCGCACAUGACCGCUCUCACUCCUAUGAUGGUGCCGGAAGUGUUUCCCAACGUGCCGCUCAUCGCCGUGACCAGAAACCCGGUUUUCCCACGCUUCAUCAAGAUCAUCGAGGUGAAGAAUAAGCAGCUGAUGGAUCUGCUGAGGAGAAAAGUGCGACUUGCUCAGCCCUAUGCUGGUGUCUUCCUCAAGAAGGAUGAUAAUGAUGAGUCGGAUGUUGUGGAAAGUUUGGAUGCUGUUUACAACACGGGGACUUUUGUUCAGAUCCAUGAGAUGCAAGAUCUCGGAGACAAACUGCGCAUGAUCGUGAUGGGACACCGAAGGAUUCGGAUCAAUAAGCAGCUGGAAGUCGAAGUCGAGGCCGAGGAAGCGUUCUCCGCACUAGAGUCAGAUGCAGAGCAGUCCAAAGCUCAGCGGAGAAAAAAUAAACGUGUUCGGAAGGACCCUGCGUCUCUGGCUGAGGAGAUGGUGGAGAGAGUGAAGGAAACGGAGUUUGUGGUGGAGGCUGUUGCUUUACCCAAGAGCAAUGAGGUACUCAUGGUGGAGGUCGACAACGUCAUACACGAGGAGUUCCAGGUCACAGAGGAGGUUAAGGCUUUGACAGCUGAGAUUGUUAAGACCAUCCGUGACAUCAUUGCCUUGAACCCUCUUUACAGAGAAUCAGUUCUGCAGAUGAUGCAGGCAGGACAGAGAGUAGUCGACAACCCCAUUUACCUGAGUGACAUGGGCGCUGCUCUGACCGGUGCAGAGUCACACGAGCUACAGGACAUUCUGGAGGAAACCAGUAUCCCCAAACGGUUGUACAAGGCUCUGUCUCUGCUGAAGAAGGAGUACGAGUUGAGUAAACUGCAGCAGCGCCUCGGCAGGGAGGUGGAGGAGAAAAUCAAACAGACACACAGGAAGUACCUACUGCAAGAACAGCUGAAGAUCAUCAAGAAAGAGCUGGGCCUGGAGAAGGAGGAUAAGGACGCUAUCGAGGAGAAGUUCAGAGAGAGACUGAAGGAGCGCACCGUACCCCAACACAUCAUGGAGGUCAUUAAUGAGGAGCUGAACAAGCUCAGUCUUCUGGAUAAUCACUCCUCGGAGUUCAAUGUUACAAGAAACUACUUGGACUGGUUGACCUCGAUGCCAUGGGGCACCAACAGCAUGGAGAACCUGGAGCUGUCUCAAGCCAACGUGGUGCUGGAAGAAGAUCAUUAUGGCAUGGAAGAUGUGAAAAAGCGCAUUCUCGAGUUUAUUGCAGUUAGCCAGCUGAGAGGCAGCACACAGGGGAAGAUCCUGUGUUUUUACGGACCACCCGGUGUGGGAAAGACCAGUAUCGCCCGCUCCAUCGCUAGAGCCCUAAACCGAGAGUACUUCCGCUUCAGUGUGGGCGGCAUGACCGACGUAGCCGAAAUCAAAGGCCACAGGAGGACGUAUGUUGGAGCGAUGCCGGGAAAAAUCAUCCAGUGUCUGAAGAAGACGAAAACAGAAAACCCGCUAGUUCUCAUUGAUGAGGUGGAUAAAAUAGGUAGAGGGUACCAGGGGGAUCCAUCUUCUGCCCUGCUGGAGCUUUUAGACCCUGAGCAGAACGCAAACUUCCUGGAUCACUACCUGGAUGUUCCUGUGGAUCUGUCUAAGGUUCUUUUUAUUUGCACCGCCAAUGUGAUCGACACCAUUCCCGAACCGCUGAGAGACCGAAUGGAAAUGAUCAAUGUGUCUGGCUAUGUGGCGCAGGAGAAACUAGCUAUUGCAGAGAGGUAUCUGGUGCCCCAGUUGCGGACUCUUUGUGGUUUGGAUGAGCAGAAGGCCAGCAUCUCCUCGGAGGCUCUGAACGUUCUUAUCAGACAGUACUGCAGAGAGAGUGGUGUCAGGAACCUGCAGAAACAGGUGGAGAAGGUUUUCAGGAAAGCUGCAUUCCGUAUUGUUAAUGGCGAGAAGGCUGCAGUCAGCGUGACAGCUGACAAUCUGCAGGAUUACGUCGGCAAACCCCUGUUCACUGUAGACCGAAUGUAUGAUGUCACACCCCCAGGGGUGGUCAUGGGCCUGGCAUGGACAGCCAUGGGUGGCUCCACACUGUUCAUCGAGACAUCUUUGAGGCGUCCGAAGACCGCAAAGGAAAAAGACGCACCUGCAGAAGGCUCUCUAGAGGUGACGGGGCUGCUGGGAGACGUGAUGAAGGAGAGCGCUAAAAUUGCCUUCACCUUCGCUCGCUCCUUCCUCAUGAGGCAACAGCCGGAGAACGACUUCCUCGUGGGCUCCCACCUCCACCUGCAUGUGCCAGAAGGUGCCACUCCUAAAGACGGACCCAGUGCAGGCUGCACUAUAAUCACAGCUCUGCUGUCCUUGGCCACCAACACGCCGGUGCGGCAGAAUGUGGCCAUGACAGGAGAAGUGUCCCUGACUGGGAAGAUCCUUCCUGUUGGAGGAAUCAAGGAAAAAACAAUUGCUGCAAAGAGAGCUGGAGUGGAUUGCAUCAUCCUCCCUGCUGAAAACAAGAAAGAUUUCUCAGACCUGGCCGAGUACAUCACAGAGGGCCUGGAGGUGCACUUUGUUGAACAUUACCAAGAAAUCUACAAGAUUGUGUUCACAGACCAAUGAAGAACACCUGAACUGUUAUUGAAUCCGCUAUAAUUAAGUUCCUGAUAUUUGUCCACCAUCUUCAGAGCGCAGUGGCAUACUGAUGCCCACUUCACAUUCUCAUCUUCUGUGUCAGAAUGGUGGCAACUGAACACUGACCUAUCCGUAAUUCCAAAUAUGUACUACAAGACACUGGGAUUGCGUUAUUGCUGCUACGCAGCCAUUAAACCACCUUGUUUUGUUCCA